CACUCUGCUUUCAAAGAACAAACAACAGCUACAACAGUGGAAGAGGGGAGUAAAUAGCUUUUGGUUUGAUAAGAGCUAAUCGGCUCACAGAUGGUUGUGUGGUGACUGUUCCUGCUUCGUGUCAUGUGGGAUUUUUGAAAUUUAUUUAUUUAUUUUUAUAUAAGGGGGAAAAGAGGUUGGUCAUUACAUUCGCCUUGCCCUCUUCCAGUGAUAUAAGUACAGCAGGAAACAUCGAGACAGCACAGAGACGACAGAGAUGCUCAAAGCCGUGAUGCUUACCGGCUUAUUCUUUCUGCUCUUCCUCACAGGAGUAACAGAAUCAAGAGAAGAACAGAAGCACAUCAGUGAUGAAGUAUCCUCUGAGCAGAACUGCAGUUAUCAGGCUGUUUUAAACCACUUAAAGAUGACCAGAACCAAUGAGCUGUACUCCAUGACCCGACCUGUUAGAAACUACAGACGCCCUACACAAGUGUCUUUGGAAGUUCUGCUCUUUGCCAUCCUAGAUGUGGUUGAGAAGGACCAGAAAUUCAUUCCUUUUGUUUGGACCGUGAUGAGGUGGCACAAUGAAUACAUUUCCUGGGACCGAAAUCAGUUCUGUGGAAUUGAUAAUGUUUCUCUCCCAGCUGAGACUCUGUGGAAACCAGAUCUCACUAUUGAGGAAAUGAUUGAGAGGGACAAAGCUCCUGCCACUCUGUACAUCACUAUGAACGAUAAAGGUUAUGUUGAAUACCACAAUGACCUGGUACUGGUGAGCACCUGCAGGAUGCGCGUUUACAAAUUCCCCUUCGACAUUCAGAAAUGCAACCUCUCCUUCAAAUCUUUCUCAUUCACCAUCAAGGACAUUCGCCUCCAGCCAAGUGACAACUCUUCAGAGGCCACAGAGUGGUCUCGUGAAUUGAUGAGGACUCAGUACGAGUGGCUCUUCAUCAAUUUGACAGUAAUCGCCAUCAACGGCACUAAACCACUUGACCAGGACGUCAUCGUUUACACUAUCACCAUGCAGAGGAGGGCGGCCCUCUACAUUGUCAACUUCUUGGUGCCUGUCCUCUUCUUCUUGUCUCUGGACUUGAGCUCCUUCCUGAUUGCAGACAACGGCAAUGAGAAGCUCAGCUUCAAGAUCACUGUGCUGCUUGCCCUCACCGUGUUGCAACUUAUCCUAAAUGAAAUACUGCCUGCAUCGUCAAACAGGAUCCCACUUAUAGUGAUCUACUGCAUCGGGAUCUUUGGUCUGAUGCUGCUUAGCCUCGUGGAGACUAUUUUUGUGAUGUAUCUGAUGGACAAAGAUUCUGUAUCCCAAGAUGAGACAGACCAAGAUGGAAGCCUAAGAGAGGACUAUAACAAACACAGCAAAGUCCACUUCAGCAGCUGUCAUGAUGAGUUGCAAAAAUGGACUCGGGCUACAUUUGUCUACACGGUGUCUGCUGGAGAAACGCCACCUGAGCAGCUGCCUGUAGUCAAACAGGACAAUGGAUGCAAAUUGACAGAAGAGUACCAGGCCUUGGAGAGGCUUUCAGAUGCCCUGAAGGAGAUGGAAAAAACAUUAUCUCUGCUUCUUCACAACAGGAAAGACGAGGAGAAGCCUGGUUACUGGACCAGAGUGGCUAAAAGAGUCAACAGAGUUUUCUUGAUUUUCUAUGUCACAAUGGUCAGUGUGUUUUUAGCUUGUAUCUUCAUAAACUGGAGCAUUCCAUAGAGAUGGUCAUUUCUGCAGAAUGAAAACAUGAUUCACGUUACUUUUUAAAUCCAAGUUUCCUACUCACAGUGGAGUCCUUGAGAGGAUGUAUCGCAUCUCUUACUACCCCUCUGCAUUCUUAAAUCUACAGACACAGAACAGCAUGAGGUGGGGCUGAAUGUUGUGAUUGGUAAAGUUACAGGUAUAAAAGUGGAGUUUGUGGUCUGUCUGAACUGCAUGUCUGUUUCCGUUUUUUUCUUUUUCUUUACUCUGUAAUUGUACUGUAAGAAAAUGUUGGUUGAGUUGCAGCAGAAAUGUUUGAAGAGCACAGACAUCACAGCAUCAGACAAGGCUAAAGAACUAAACCUAGUUUUUGCACUUUUUGCUGAAAUUUGUUGAAACAGAACAUCACAGGAUACAGUGCUUGGACAAAUGACUAGUGUAAACAGCAGCUUCAUACAUUUGUAGUCGACACAGUCUGAUUAAAAGAAUCUACAAUAGUUUGUGCUGCUGGGUUUGAAAGUUAUGUCACCUCGACAUACUCAGAUAUGGACCUCUAAAUAUAUUCAGCAUUUAGAAUUUUCCAGUAUUGGGUGACUUUUCAGGCCAUAAGGAAGCAGGACAGCUAGUUAUCCUUGCAAAAAUUUUAAACUGUGGGCUGCAUUAAGCCUAUAAUGCCAACUUUAAAGUAUAUAUAUCUGUCUAUUUCCUGGAGACAAUAAGCACCAGUGUAUACCCAGUAAAUAUUGAACUUGUUAAGUCUUGAGUCUCUCCAAUCAAACUAUCCUCAGUAACUUUCAUAAACAGCUGCUCCUAACUUCUUGUUCUGAUGGAUCUUUGUUUAUGACUUGUGCACUUCACUGUGGUUUUAAUUCUCACAUCUACUGGAAGAUGCCGCUGUGCAUUUAUGAAGGCAUUGUUUUACCACAUCCUAGCAUUAGCAAAGCCUUUGUGGAAACGUAUUCCAUGCUGUCCAGAUACAUAUAGGAAGUAUACUGCAAUGACUGAAGGGCUGCUGUUUGUUUUAUGCAGUGUUGCAUCUGAACAUAUAAAUGGGAUGAAUGCUAGUCUUCAUAGAAUUCUAAUACGCCAGUUUGAUUUCUUAUAAUGGAUUUAAAUAUACUUACAUUGUGAAACCAAUAUUUAUGUAUCACAUGAGCUUUAACAGAUUGUGUAGAUUCUUGUUGGAAACUUGCCUUGUUAGGUUGCGUUUUCUUCCUACUUGUGUUCAUUCAAAGAGUUCUAUGAUCUGUUGUAUGUAUUGGCUUUGAAAGCAUGAAUCUGACUCAAUCAACAGCAAGAAAUGUCUUUUCUUCCAACAACAAUGCAUAAAAACAUGUUUAAUUCA